CGCAUAUAACACAUCCCAUAAACCGAUGCCCACAUCACAUGUUUAUUGUUAUGUUUACAACGAUUACAACAGGACUCAAGCGAGUAGUGUAUCGCCGAGUCGUGGGUACGGCUCGAACGCAUCGACCCCUCACAGCAGUAGUGGCGGCAGUUCUUACGGCGGGAACGGAACCACAGCCACUAUGAAUGGCGGGUACGGCAGUCCACCAACCAAUAUGUCGACACCAGUCCCCGGCUCUCCCGGACUAUUCAAUGGUAUGGGUAGUAUAGUGUCCGCCUCUCCAUUCGCAGCGAUGAAUCCGUUUGCAUUGCCGACGUGUAACGGCCAGUCGUACGGCUCAUCAAUUGUUUCAUCGACCAAAUGAUGAUCAAAACUGAGUGAUCAACUCUUUUAUUAAAAUCAUUUACAUAUUAAGAGACAAAAAAUAAAUAAACCGUUGUUUUUAUUGGACGCACAUAUUAUAUAUUGAAUAUUAUAUUAUAUUCUAUAUUAUAGUGUAUAUGAUAUGAGAAAUUGUAAUUCAUUUUAAUUUAGAGCAAACUUUACAACGAAUUAUAUUAAACGAGAGAAAGGAGAAAGAGUUUGCGAUUAUUAACAAAUUUUAAUAACAAUUAUAACUUUCAUCAAAAAAUCAUUCAUUUUUAAGGAAACAAACAA